UCAUGUCAAAAUUUUUGCGUUAAAAAUGGUCUAAUUUUCGAAACCCCCUCAAAAUUCACAAUGGAGAAUCUCACCGAUUUUGAUUUCUACUUGAAAUUCACAAAGCCGCUUGUCUUGAAUUUGCCCAAGAUCGACGAUCGGGUCUUGGCCGCGGCUUGGGUCAAAAAACUGAAAGGGGACUCUGGGACAGACGAUAAUGUUAAAUUGGAUUAUCUGAAAUUGCUGUUGUUUGUUUUACAAAGGAAAAGACUUGCUCCUCCAUUCACGGAGCAUCCGAAUUCGGUGCAAACACUCGAGAAGUUUCCACAAAAUCAAACCUUGGUGGACGUGGCGAAGAAAAUUAUUGAAGGAGAACAAGCCGAAAACCGGGAGAAAUUCCGAAAACGUCGCCUCGGCCAAUCCGGGGAUUACCCCCCUUACAUUUCCGACUUUUCAGCCGACUUACUCGAAUAUGUGGCGGUUCAAAACAUCGAAAAUUUUGGCACUCAUGCUUACUAUGCCAUCUCCAAACUCCCGCUUCAAACGUGGUACCGCGUCGAUAAACAGCUACUGCCAAAAGCUGCUAAAAGCAUGCUGGAAGUCAGCACUCCUCCCCCAACCCUGACCGCCAUCCAAUCCACCCCAGAAUUAGCCGAAAAACCACCAGGAGAACCACCAACAACCUCAGAACCCACCACAGAACCUCCCUCCGAACCCGAACCCCCAAAAGAAGAACCUACUCCCAAAAAGAAAAAAGAACCCAAACGGUCAGCACUAGGCGCCACACCUCCAUCCCGCCCCAUCGGCAAAUUAUCCCCGCCCCCCGAAGACCGCGAACCGCCCAGUUGGGGUUCCAAUCUCCUCGAAGCCAAAUUCCUUGAAGGAGAGGUGGAGGAAAAAUUGGCUCCGCCUUCGGAAGAAACCUUCCAACCGGCGGCCUCGUCCACCAUGGCCUCAGUCCAAACACUUUACACCCAACCCAAGAAACCGCCCAAAAAACCCUUCCCUAAAGCCCGGCCCACUCGAGCGUCACUAUUGGCGCAAAAGAAGAAACAGGCGGAGCCUCCAGCCCCACCCCCGAAGAAAAAAAAGAGCAAAUCGAAGAUUGGAAAGCCGAAAAUUUCGGUGCCUGAAGUGAUUGAAGAGGAGGAGCCUCCUAAAAAACCCUCCAAAGGGAUCAAGGGUAGGAAAAAGGUGGUCAAGGAAGACAGUGAUUUGGAGGAUUUCGUUCCGGAAACCGAUGCAUUUUUGGACGAGUACGACGCCAUGCUUAAGCAGAUGGAAGCCGAAGCCUUGGCGGACUUGGAAGGUUUUAUGGAGGAACAUCCGGAGGCGGAACUGAUUCCAGAUGACCAACUCCCUUCGUUUGAGGAGGAUACCAUGGCCGCCCAUUUGGCGGCUAUGGAGCAGGAAGCUAUGGACGACUUGCAGCAAUUCGAGCGGGAACAUGACCUGCUUCCUGGUGAUUUAUCUCCAGUGAAACCAAUGGUUGAAUCUCCGAAAGCUGCGCCUUCGGCGAAGAAACCCAGGCGAAUUCAGCCGCCAAAAACCUUGAGGAGGCCUCCGGCGGUUCCCCCCAGGGAACCGACUCCGCCUCGUCGGUCUCCGACACCGUCCCCCCAGCGGCGGUCUCCGACACCGUCCCCUCAGCGGCGGUCUCCGACACCGUCACCUCAGCGUCGGUCUCCGACACCUUCGCCCUCUUAUAAAUCUCCGACACCGUCUUGGGCGGCCUCGCUUUCGCCUCAUCCGUCUGAGGUGGCGGAGCUUUCAGUAGAGGAGGAGGAACCAGAAGAUGUUGUCGAUUCAUAUAUUGCCGAAUAUGACGCAAUGCUCGAUGAAUGGGAAGCCGAAGCCAAGAAGGACUUGGACGACUUCAUGGCCGAGAACCCAGAGUUGGAGAUGAUUCCCGACGACCAAAUCCCUUCGUUUGAUGAGGAUUUGGCGGAUUUGGAAGCCGAUGUAAUGGAUACGUCAAUGUCGGGAAUCGCAAAAAGCUCACUCUCACCUCUGCCAAAGGCGCACGACGUGUCAGUCGACCCCGACGCUUCCAUCCAUAUCUCGCCUGAAGCUCGCGAGAUUUACGAAAGUUUGAUGGAAGGUGCGGGAGUUGAUGGGUCUCCAUGUCCCAUCAGACACCCAACACCACGUUUGACCCAUGAAGAACAGAAAGCACCACAAGAAGAAGUAGUAGAAGAGAGAGCAGAAAGUCCAAAAGCUCGCUCACCAUUGCCGGAACCUGCAACCACGAAAGCAUCGCCAGGCCACAAAGGCAAAGACCCACGAGUCGUUGGUGCUUUCAACGAAAUGUUGAAGAAGACGCGUCAGUUGAGUCCCACCGUCGAAGACGAACACUACGAGCUAAUGGAACGAAUGAUCGAAGAAGAUAUGCGGCGAUCUGGUAUUGACCCAUCUGCCAAGGAAAAAGCCGUACCAUUCCCGCCUGAGCAACGCCGAGCGCAACGCAAAACAUUCCUGGACUUCCACCACAAAGCCGACGCACAACUGGAAGCCCUGGCCGAGGAAGAAACAACGGAAUUCUACCAAACGGCACCUGAGGACGAUUUCGAAGAAAUGGAAAAACUGAUCGAGAAACAAAUGAUCCGUGAAGGUUUCGACCCGCAUUCAAAACCCCCCGCUCCCCGACCCACCCCGCGCGAAUUCAUGAAAGAAAAGGAGAAGUUUUUCGCUUUGCAGGAGAAGAUCGACCAACAACUUGACGAGCUGGUGGAACCUCUUACGCCCGAACCGUAUGAAGACUUGGCGAAUUUGGGAUUCCUAGAAGAGGAGGAGCUGGAGAAGGCGCUCAGUCCCGUCGAACGUCGGCUGGAGGACAUGAAACAUAUUUACCAUGAUUGGCUGACGGCGGCCCCCGCCAUGGAGGGCGUCCCUGUGGUGGUGCCCCACCACACCAUCGAUCCACGGCGACGUCACUUCGAUCCUAAGGAUUUCCCCAACGUGACGGAAAAACCCGAUUUCCACGAGUACGAGUACGAUAUUGACUGGGAGUCGUGGUAUCCACCACCCAAGCCCAAGGAGAAACCCCCAAGUGACCCGAGGGCCGACUUCCCACUUUCACCAAUACCAACCAUGGAGGAAUUCACCGUCAUACCACAAUCACCAACGGAGGUUUUGUCCAAGUACUCCCCCGAUCACUUCAAGUUUAAAUACGAAGAACCAGAGAUCAAGUACGAGGAAAUGAGACCAGUUAGCACAGUCGAAGGCGAAUUGUCGCCAAAACACCCCGAAGAAUAUUACAAGCAGUUUGUACCUCCGACCUACUACGAUGAGUUGUUCCAAACUGUUGUCCCGCCCCAGGCUGGGGAAGAGUCACCCCCAGCCCACCUGGCAUCGCCGGUAUCCCCUCCCGGCAGUCCCCCAAUCAAUUUAUUCGAACUUAAGAAAAAACUAAUACUGUCAGCUAGAGAGGGUAGAACACCAACAAGACAAAUCCCAACGAGGAGGGACAGGUUAGCCGACAUUCAGACUUCCAGCCGCAUGUCGGCCAUUUACCCCCGGAGCCCGCAAGUCCGGACGUAUGGUCGCGCUCCGGGUCAACGAAUAUCACAAAUCGCCGAACGGGCGGAACCGGCUCACGAACCACAACAAAUAGACAGAUAUGUCCAUGUUAGUCCGGAAAAAGUCGUUCCGGAUGUGUUUGAUUUGCCACCGGUGUACGAGUUGGGCACGGAAACGCCUCCCGGUUUGAUUUUCGAUCAAGAGGACUAUUCGCCGGAAGCAGUGACACCGGACAUGCUAGAGCACCGCAUCGCCGUAUUCAGCGAGAAACCACGAGCUGAUAAAUUCAAAAAGCGUCGCUUUCAACCACGAUUGGCUACAGUCAGUAACGUGGUGGAGGAACAAGGCGGGCCCGAAGAGUGGGAACAAUACGCCGAUAUUUCGGCAAAAGCGGGAGAUUUUGAUUUUGUUACGGCCGAACAGUACAAGCAGAGGCGACAGAGAAGGGUUCCCGGGACGCCGCCGUUGGAGGACGACGAAGAAAUUGAAAGGUUUAAGAGGGAGCGCCGUUUGCAAAAGAGGCUACCUGCGGUCGGUUCCCCCGUCGAUUACCCCCCGAGUCCGUUAACGCGCCGUCCGGCCCCGGAGUCCCCUGGCCGCUUUGGCCCACGACGUAGAACCCUCAGAAGGAGGCUCAAAAAGCGCAGAUUGGACUUUACUGAGCCACAAUCAGAUCCGGAUGAGAACCACGUGGAAGUGACCGAAGUUGCGACUGAAGUGGUGGACGAUGGAGAAGAACGCGAGUUGUUUAUGGAGAAUGACGAAAUUGAUGCGCUUUUAGCCGGUGGUGGUUUGCCGCGUGAAAUGGAGUUGGAACAAUGGUUCGACUGGUUGUACGGACCGAAGGGACCUCCAAAGUCACCCAAAACCCCAGAAAGAGAUAUUAUUGACGAGGUUGCUGAACCAUUCGCUGAAGAACUUCCAGAUUUUUCGCCGGUUUCGCCGUUGAGGGAAUACGGAGUGAUUGAGGAGACGAUGGCUAAAGCGAAAGCCGCCCCCAUUCAUGAUGUGAGACGCUACAGGGACGUGCAUCCGCCGCGCAAUAAACCUCGUAUUCUGCCGCGAUUGGUCGAAGAUCCGAUUGAAGAACAAGGAGCAAUGUUUGAAGAGCAAAUGGAACAAGAGAUCCAGUCUGAACUGCAGCAAUACAGGCUUCAGGAACAGGAGCGAGAGAGGGCGGAACAGGAGGAGGCCAUUCAGCGACUAACUGUAUUGGAUGAGCCGGUUCCCGCCGGUCUCCCCUCCCCUAUGAGGCCACCAAUCGUGCAAACCCCACCAGCGCCUCGUAAGAGAGCACAACCAGUAAGACGCGAGGCGUCCCCUCCACGUCUUCCUCGACAAAUACGAGACGUUUUGGACGUGGAAGAAAUGCCCGAGCUUGUCUCGCCUCGAACUCCUGAUUUGUGGGUUCCUGGAACCACGCCUCCAAGAACUCCAACUCCGCCCUAUUCACCACCGAAAAUUACCGAACUUGUGGCUGAUGCACCAGGAGAUGAGGGACUGGAAACGGAGGAGUUUCCGGGUGAUUAUCAAACACCGCCACGGACUCCAAGACAAGGCAUUCACUUCCGGAAAGUGACUCCUGAGCCGAGACGUCGCGUCAGAGGUUCGCCUGAAGUAGAGGCGUUGUUCCAACUACCCGAGUAUCAAGACCAACCAAGGUCGCUACUACAAAGAUACGCUGAUUGGCAGGAAACGGCACGAACCGCUCGGAGUUUGGAGGAAGUUGAGGCACGGUUUAAAUUCCCCGAUCUUCGUUAUGAAAGUAUGGUCGACCCGGCAGCUUUGGGGCACUUUGAAGCGGUUCAAAGACGAAAAGAAGCCGAGAGAGCAAGAGCAGAAGCCGAGGCAAGAGCUCGAGCUGCAGCCGAACGUAAAAGAAAAGCUGAAGAAGCAGCCAAAGCCAAAGCUCAAGCCAAAGCCAAGGGCAAAACCGUCAGAGGUCGAACCUCCAAAACCAGGUUCGAAUACACGCAAACGACUCGAGAAAAGGCAAAGAAAGAACCAGUUGUCACAAAGACACCUUCGAGGAGAAGAGUCCAGCGGGAGCAGCCUCCCCAGUUAAAACCAGUCGAACGCGUGGUUCCACGUGACAAAAGGUCCCGCCCUUGGGCCGAAUCUAGGAAGAAGAUGACGAAGGAAUUCGAGACUCCGGGCCGAUCCCGCACUUCAAUUCGCGGACAACCGUCCACAUCUCGCGCUAAAUCGGCCCCGGAAAGAGCGUCGCAACGCCCGUCGUCCACAUCCGUGCGUCAGCGUCCAUCAGCACCGGACGUGUCCGCAGACAGAGCGACAGCUCGGCAACAAAGACCCAAACCCUGGAAAGAACCCGUGCGGAGACCAUCGCAAACAUCCGCCACGCGACGACCGCCGCCCACUGUAAGAAGAGCAUCGGGGGCGGCAGCCGGUGCACAACCGCCCCCAGGUCUCGCCCGCCCCGUGGACCGCGCGGUGGCGCGGGCAAAUCGGCCGCGACCGUGGGCCCAAGGCCCCCAACGGCCCCCACGACCGGGGUCGAGCACUUCAGUGCAAUCGCAACCGGGCACUUCUGUACGUUCGCAAACUUCGGUUCAGUCGGUAAAGUCCCGGUCGUCAGUAUCGACGGUUCGGUCGUUGCGUUCGGAAAUGGACCGAGCUAGAGCGAGGUAUAAUCGGGGGCUCAAGGAGGCGGAUAAAUACGCCACAGGCAUAGAGUCAGUGCCCAGACCCAAACGGCCCAAGCCCCCAGCGGAAGGAACGCGUGGGGGGGCUCGGGAGGCGCGGGCCCGCCCGUGGGCGGAACGUCCGCCGAAGGCGCCGCCCCGGGAGGGGCCCAGACCGCCCCCGAGAGGGCCGUUCCGGAGGCAACCACCGCCUGUGCAGGCCCCGAGACGGCGGAAAAUCCAAGCCGUCUCGAAGAUUGAUACGGGGAGGCGGCGGCCGAGUCAAGUGGUGGAGUACGACGCUGAAGCGUUGCAGGAUUUGGGGUUGACGGUGCGCGAUUUGCAAGAGAUGUAUCUGGAUGAUGAAGGAAUGUUGGGGUACGACAGUUUUGAGAUGCGGGGGCUGUUUGAUGAAGCGACGAGGUAUCUGGACGAGGAAGAAGAUGUUGGUUACAUGGUUGAGGAUAUGGAGAGUAGGGGUUACGAAGACGAGUGGGAGGAUCUGGAGGCGGAGUAUGGGUAUGAAGGGGAGGUUCCGCUCCCGGAGUAUGAGACUCAGCUGGAAAUGAGCGAAUAUUACGACGAGGAUCAGGGAGAAGUUACCAAGACUUUGACGAUUGCGAGGCAAGAGGUUUCGCCGAAUCAGGAUGACUAUAGUGGAAAUGUGACUGUUUUAACAGUUGAGGCAUCGAUGGGAUAAGAAAUUGUGAUAUUUAUAUAAAAUUUUACAAAUGUAUUGUGUCUGAUUUUUCAACUUUGGAGGGCGAAAUAAAGUAGUGUGUAAGAAAAAACGAGUGUUUUAUUUAUAAAAUCAAGGCUUACUGGCAAUUUUUUGACAUUUGCCAAACUGACAAUCAAAAUUCUUGUUUCGGACCUCAAGUCAAAAUUAAAAGUAUGGAUAACCCACAAAGAUUUAACGCUAGGACAGAACCUUGGGACGAAGGAACGGCACGGAAGCAGCAGGCGGCUGUUCAGUAUGCGGCAAUAAUGGAUCGUCCGGUUAACUUAAAGCGAAGACAAGCAAGAUAUCAGUACUAUAACAAGUACGACGACGAUUUUGGAGGCGAGGAAGAGUUUGCUCCUGAACCCCCACAUAAAGACUAUCACCCCAAACCUCGAAAAGUUGAAAAGGACCCGGUUCUCGAGUACCAGAUGGCCGAUUUGGAGGAAUUGGGGCUAACUCAAUGCAGGAUACCUCGAGCACGGAAACAACACAAGGAAUAUCCUGUUUAUGCGGAAGUUGACCACCAGUGUAGCGAGGCAUACGAUCCUUACGAGCAUCCCAGUUAUGGAAGUACACGAGUGGCUCGUAAGGCCCGGCCUGGAAGUACAGCAAGUCCGAGAAGAGGAGUACCUCUGAUUGAACCAGGUGAAACGGUUCGGGUGCUUUCGGUUACACCGGAAAUUGAUGAACCGAUACAAGUGAGGAAAGCGGCGUUUCUACGAGCGGAGGAUCCACUUUGUUGUUAAAAGUAUUUCAUAUUCAAAUAAAUUCAUUAAGAUGA